AUGUCAGACUCCCGAACCACAACCACCAAAAACAACACUACAAACCACAAGACCUCGCGCCAGGGCCCUGGUUCGGCCUGUGAGGAAUGCCGUCGCCGGAAGCUACGGUGCGACCGUCAGCCGCAGUGUCAGAACUGCGUUGAUGCUGGUGUUUAUUGUGUCACCAACCUUGCACGCCCCGCGCGUGGUCCAAAGAAGGGUCAUCUAAAGGCCUUGAAGGGCCGCAUCGCCACCCUCGAGCGGUGUCUUCUGGAGCAGCGCGAUGGCAUGCUCGUUGAUCCCAUCUCGGACGAUGAGCUGCUGGAUAAAGCGCUGUCCGCCUCUUCGCCAGCUUCCCUGUCCCCGGACCCCCCUGAGGAAGUAUCCGAAAACAUUCUGGAAGACCUGGACCAGGUGUUUUUCGAGCGCGUCCAGCCGAUGGUCCCCAUAUUGCAACGCCAUCGAUACUUUUCCUGGGCACGGGAACCUCAGCAAUCGGCAAACCGACGGGGGCUGCAGCAGGCUAUUCGCACGCUGGCCGCUGGCGUGAGUAGCCAGUUGCCCGAGGUACGCGUAGCACUGUAUCGGACCACGCGCCACACACUGGAGUCCCUCGAGUCGGACGACACUUUGUUGACAGCCCCGGAUUUCGAGCAGGUGCAAGCGUGGAUACUCAUCGCCAUUUACGAGUUUAUGCAGGUCUCAUAUUCUCGCGGCUGGAUGAGUGCCGGUCGUGUAUUCCGACUAGUGCAGCUGCUGCGCCUGCCGGAGAUAGACGCUUCGCCUCUCCCGCUGCUCGACCUAGACCUAGACCCAGAUUCCAACUGGGUGGUGGCCGAGGAGAAACGACGCACCGUGUGGAUGGCCUACAUAAUGGACUGUUCCCUAAAUUUACGCCAUAAGGGCUCUCUCACCCUGACGGAGCAAGCGCUGACCCGACUCCCCAUGCCCGAGACUGAAUUCCAAUGUGGUCACCCUAUUUCAAUGGGCUUUUUGGCCGAAGCCCUCGCGGGUACGGAUAUUACCAGUCCCCUAUCCUCCUUUGCUAAAUGUAUCCUGCUAGCCACUAUCAGUGGCCGCACUCUGUCACACCGCCAUCUAUCCAUGGCUGAGCUCCUCCGAGGAAAUCCUCUUCAGGAUGUCUGGACUCGCCAUCAGUGGAUCGACACGACGCUCACAGCCCACCUGCAGCUGUGCUUCCCGCUUCCCACAGCCGCGGAAUCCAGCGACCCUAUGCUCCUGUUUGCCAAGAUGAUCGGGCAAGCCGGUGUCCUCUCCCUGUAUGACAUCCUCCAGUCCACGCCCUGGGAGCCCGAAACAGUCAGCCUCCUACCCGACUACGAGGCAUGCGCGUUCCACGCGGCCCGCGAGACCGUCGCUCUAGCACGUAAUCUACGCCAUUUCAGCUGCUUCAAGGUGCAUCCCUUCACUCCCAUUCUACUAGGUCUAUGUGCAGAGGUAUUGCAGCACCCUGUUGCCCGUAAUGAUACCCCAAAGCUGUUAGGGGAGGUGCAGGACGCCUUGAAAUAUUUGAAGACUGUGAAUCGAUUGGCUCGACAGGAAGCAGCAGCUCAGGAUAUUCGCCGGUCGUGA